AAUGGAAUGAAUGAGUGUGGAAAGACAAUAUGCAGCUGUGGCACAUCCGUGGCUCAUCAUCGUGGGUGGAAAGUGACACUCCUCACAGGAGGCAACGCCAUGAUUUCAAACACUGUGUCUGUUUCGUCCGGAGGAAGGAGCGCUGCUUAUUGUGAGAAAACCUGUUGGAUUCUCUAACUGGAUUACAUCAGAAAUAUUGUCAAAGUUUGGAGGUUUGGUGUUGGAGGAUUUGGCAGCCGAGGAGAAUGAAUCUGUGCCUGCAGGCUUGAAUUGACGUGGAGGAAAGAUGCAGAGGACGACCCAAGGCUCCUUCGAUGCCAAUACCCAUUUUCAGAAUGAACCUCAUCAGUUUCCUCAUCCUCCAGCAUCGUCCUUUGGCUCCAGCGUGACUGCGGCCAGCCCAGCCAAGAGAAUUAACUUCUACAAGAGUGGCGACGCUCAGUUCAAAGGCAUCAAGAUGGCCAUCCAUAAGCGCAGCUUCAGAUGCUUUGAUGCCCUAUUGGAUGACCUUUCCCAAAAGGUUCCUCUACCUUUUGGUGUGCGUACCAUCACGACCCCCAGGGGGACCCACAGCAUUAAACAUUUAGAGCAGUUAGAGGACGGAGGCUGUUACCUGUGCUCUGACCGCCGCUACGUUAAGCCAAUCAACAUGGAAGCUGCAGGGAAGAGGCCGGCGGUCUGGCACCAUCACAGUCACGCGCAUAACCCUCGCCGCAAGCCCUCCCGACCUGAGGAGCCCCCCUCAGGACAUCAGCACCACCAUCGGCACCCCAAAAGGAUUGUUCUGGUAAAAAACAAUGACCCUACUGUUAGGCGAUCCAUCAUUCUGAGCAGACGAACCGCUCGGAGUCUUCGCGUCUUCAUGGACGAGAUUUCAGAACUCAUGCAGUGUCAUGUCAAGAAACUCUACACUCUGGAGGGAUGUAAGAUUGGCAAUAUUCAGAGUCUGAUGCAGUGUCCUAAUGUGCUGGUCUGUGUGGGUCGAGAGCCCUUCAGGCCGCUGCUCAUGGAAAGCUUGAAGAAGCUCUCAGACGAAAAGCUUCCAGGAAUGGGCACAAGGUCUCACUCCAGUGUCUGCAGUGAAGGCCAUGAAAGCAAAAAGAAUGUUAACUUUGGCCUGGAGACAAAGAAAAGCAUUAUCCAUCCACGAUCAGACUCCAGUAAUAGAUCUACAAGAUUCUCUCUUUCUUCAGAAAAGUCCUAUCAAAAUGGAAUAUGCGUGACACCAGGACAGUCCGGUUGCAUCAGCAACUGUCCUUAUGUUAAAGAAGUUGUAGUGAACGAUGACAUUGAGAAAAGAGUGCUUGUUAACAAAGACGGCAGCGUUUCUGUGGAGAUGAAGGUUCGCUUUCGGCUGUACAACGAUGAGACUCUUCAGUGGUCCACCGAGAUCAAGAAGUCAUCAGUGAAAGUGAACGACUCUGGCUCUGUGAAAGAUGCAGAUUAUCUUCAAUCUAAAGCUGAGUUUUCAGACCCAGACUCCAUAUUUGCAUCAGAGACUGAUGAAGCCUUUGCAACAAAGCUGCAUCAGAAGCAUAUCGAGGAAACACUUGGUCAGAACUGUUGCAGUCACUGCCAAGAGUACGACAUCUGGAAAAACCCCAUGCACAAAGAACCGAGGGCCUGUAAAUCACCUAGUUCCAGUGCAUCGUCUCACAAAGUUGUACACAAAAAGUCAUCAGUGGAUAGUACACGCACAAUUUCUUGUUCCAGCGGCGAGUACACUGAGCAUGUGGUGGAAAAGGCCUUGUGCGUUCAGCAGACAAUGGAGGAAGGAGACACUAGAGUAGAAUACUGUGCAAUAAGUAGUUGCUGCAAUCGAGGUGAAGUAUCAUCUGUUGGCGUCAUGUCAAAGAGCAAGAGAUCUUGUGAGGACGACUGUGAGAGUCACGCUAAAACUAAAUAUUCUCAUAUGGAACCUAAAAUCUCUCCGAGGGAAGAUCAGGAUGAUGAUUAUGAUGAUCUGCCUCCAAGCGUCUCAAGAGCAUCACACUGGUCUCAAAGUGACCAUCUUGAGAGUGAUGCUCAACCCAAAUGUGUUCAUUGUUGUGUCUACCAGUCUUCACCAACAUCUUAUUUGUCCCCCAGACCUCCAAGUAAAGAAUCAAGCAGUGCUGUUCACUCACUUAAGCUCAAAAAGUAUAAAACCACUUUUGCAGCACCAGCAGAGCCAGAUGGGAUGAGUAUGACAUCUCCGAUUUCAAAAGUGUCCUCCAGGUCACAUCCUUGUCAGUGUGGAAACAUAACCCCAAGUUCAGUUGCAUCUGGUAGGCAGCACGGGCCUGAGGGAGGGGCUUGUAAUACAAAUUCCAGACAUAGCCAAGCGCCAUGUAAAUCUAGAGGUCAAGCAAACACCCCUGGAUCCGAUGCAUCCGAUGCUCUGAAGAUAUGUGACGAAGAUGCUGCAAACAGAUCUUUAAGUGCCACAUCAGGUGUGUCGAAACCAUCUGGCGAGUCUGGUGUAUGUUCAUGCUGUGGUGAGCAUAAAAGAUUUAAUGGGAAUCCAGAGGGGAGCGAAGCAGAGAAAGCUGAUUCCAUAAUGUCAAAGUCAAACAAAUCUGCUGCAUCCACUUCAAAUGCUCAUGAAAACUGUGAACCAGUUAAUAAUAUGUCAGAAGGGGAAGCCACUCGUGAACGCUCUGAGUCUGCACUGUCUAAAAAUUCAAAUGCCUCUUUUACUUCAAAACUCUCAAAAAAAUCCAACUGCUCUGCACAUGAAAUGUGUUCUGUUGGGAAAUCAUCAAAAUCUGAACAUAAUGAAGCAGAAAGUGUUGAAGAAAGAACCAAAAGUGCCACACCAGUAAGGUCAGUCGGGUCAGACUGCAUUGUUUCAGAGAGAGAGCCCACACCAGCCUUGGAAAUGGAUAAAGCUGAAGAAAAAAGCCAAGAAAGAGCUGUCAGCCCAAUGUCAGCCCGUUCAAAUUUAUCAGCUGCAUCGAGGACAUCCCACAAAUCAAAGUCUCAACAUUCAGAGAAUGCUAAAAUGCCUAGAUCUUGUAGUCCAAAUGAUUUAGAGGAAGUGCCAUCAAACUUAUUUAAUUCUCAGGGUGAUAUAUCAGAAAGUGCUGCUACUCAGAGUCAUACUACAACAGAUAAUCAUUGUGGACAAGACACAGAGUUUCCUCAAGAAGUGAGAUCAGCUAGUGCCAUGUCUAAUAAAUCAAACCGAACUUCUGAACAUCCGUCACAUGCAUCAGAGCAAACAACUAAGUCUGUCAAAUCUUGUUGCGACUUACAAGAAAAGGCCACUCAAAAUGCCAGCAGUCCUGAUGUUCAGUGUGAGCCGGAAACUGAGGUAAUCACUGAAGGAAGACUAUGCAGUCCACUGUCCAACUGCUCCAAAAUAUCUGUGAAGUCACAUGCAUCCUCAAAGAAUUCACACGCAGAGUCUAAAUCUAAGGAAAGAGUUCCUAGUGCAAUGUCUGUUAAAACAAACACAUCUAAAGGAUCUUGUAGGUGCCGCAAAUCAAACCACAAUGUUCCAGAAACCACAGUUUCCUCAGAACCAAUUGAUACAACACCUAAUGAAUGUGCAACUCCAAAAAAUGAGUCAAACAGGGCCACCAGCGCAAUGUCUCAGACCUCAGAAAAGUCUAAUGCCUGCUUUGAAAGAUCUGUCAAAUCCACUGCACAGAGCAUUGUAUCUCAGGAAGUGGAGAAUGGCAAAGACAUGACACAGAAUGCCUUAACUGUGACCUCUCCAUUGCCUAGGUCAAAGAGGUCCCCAUCUCCUAGGUCAAAGAGGUCUCCAUCUCCUAUAUCAACCCACAACACUGAAAUUAAGAAAACUGAGAGCAGAGCUCCAAGUGGGAUGUCAGUAAGCUCUAAUGUAUCCUCACAAUCCCAAAGAUCCAGUAAAUGUCAUUGUCUCAACUCCUCAAGUGGUAAUUUGAGAGAGAAAAAGACUAAGAUGCUAAAAGAGGAUACCAAAGAUGAAUCUGAGAGCUUGUCAGGAAAAUCAAAACUGUCAGCUAAAUCUCUUAUAGAUAACAUUAAGUCUGCAGGCAACCAGUUUGAUGAACCUCUAAGUCCUACAUCAACAGCAUCCGUUUCUCUUGGACUAGGAGAAGAGCACAAUGGUGAUGACUUUGAUGAACGAUCAACCAGUGGCAUGUCAGCCACCACAGAGGAAGCUGGACACCAGUUAGAGAAUGUAAAUGGAGUGGAUGCAGAGGAAAGGCCAAGGACAGAAACGUCUAUGAACUCUGCAAUUUCAGACAAAUCCAAAAAGUCCCAUCACAAGAACUGUAAGACUCCUGUUCAAGCUCUCUCACCUGUCUCAGCUGAAAGCAUCAUGUCAGCAGAACUCAAGAAAAGCAUGUCGGGAAGCCAGUUAAAUGAAAACAAUAUCAGAGUGCCCUCCACUUUGUCACUGUCGUCUUCACGAAGUAAGUCACCCUCGAGAGUUUCACAGGGAAGUGCUAAAAAUACAGCUAGGAAAGACAGAGAUUGUGAAGCUGUCAACAACACCAACCAUGCAGAAAUGAAUGAAACAUCUUCAAAACAUGACCAAAGUGAAAGAACCUCUGAAAAAGCUAUGCCAGAAAGUGACCGUUUAAACUCUUCAAAAACAUCUGAGCAUUCGGUGAAGUUCAAAAAUGGGCACAGUGCUAAAAAGAGUGAUAGAUCUAAAUGUAAAAGAUCUAAAUGUUCUUCCCAGUGUUUGGAAAUAAAUGGACUGAAUAUAAAAUAUAAUGGAGACAAUGAUGGUGCCUUGUCAUCCGCAUCAGACAGAAGAUCUAUGAAAAAUGAUGCAUCCAGGCGAAAUUCAGCAGGGAUGUCUAAUAUUUCCCAAAAUUGUGUAAGUCUAGCACAAGAGAUCCCAAACAAGAAUAAAGCAUUAUUCAAGCACCCUGGUUCCUCAAGUGACAGUGUUUUAUCUCGGGCACUUUCAGCAGCAGAUCUGUUAAAAGAGAUUGUCGGCAAUGCAAGACCAGUCAGCAGAGGAUCAAAGUCAGUUGCCUCCAGCAAAAAUAUCGACAAGGUAGAAAAUAAAAGCCAGAAAAGCAGCAGGAGCAAACACAGCAAAGUCAGCAUCUCAUCGGAGUGCAACAACAAGGAGCUGAUGCCGUCAUGCUUACCGAACGCUUCCCCUACAGAAAUUGUGAAUGACUGGCUUAGGAACAUUCCCAUUGAUGGCCAUGUUUAUGAAAUGGAUGUCGAACUCACUGAAGAUAUGACCUUGACUCAAGGUGGUGAGGACACUUCUCAAAGAGACAAAGUUGAGGCACCAGAAAGCAUAAUAGAGGUUGAGAAACCUCACGAUGAUCAAGCAGGUGAGAAUCCUAUUCAGCAGGAGACUAAUGACAUUUGUGUUGAGACAGAGUUGUGCGACGAAAGAGCACAAUUGGAAGUAAGUACUAUAGAUCCCAACCCCAAAGCAUUAAUUAAACAAGACAGUUUGCAAAAGCAACAUCAUUCUUCGGUUCAGGUCAUGAAGGUUUUACUGGGUCCAAAACUAGACCGAUCCAAUAGUUUACCUGGGGUCUCCCCUGUAUAUGGCAGAAAAUUAAGCCAGUCUGCUCAAGGGCUGUUGGACUGCCUUGCAAACUUACGAUUGAUUGACUCAGACUCUAAAAAUGAAAAGCAUCAUAAAUAUAAUGAAGUUAUGAUGCUCCUACAGUCGCUCUGGCUCCAAAAGCCCUCUGAGGAUGAGCAGAAAAGCCAGAACGCAAAUGAACACCCCUCCGCUGAAGAUGAAUUUAACCCACGGUCUUCAUCUGGGGUUGAUGUUAGCAGCGGCUCCACCGGCUCCGUUAAAGAUAGCAUGAAUGGCAUAUUAGAAAAAAUAGAGACUGUACAAGGCACAAUACCACCAAUUGCCAAACGAGAGGGCUCACUGCAAGAUAAAGAUGAAGAAGAUCAGGUAAAAUCUACAGCUCAAGCAUGCGAAUGUUUAGAUCCAUCCAAAGUCCCCUCAGAUCCAGUAACUCCAGACACUGCAGAGCGAGUCCUGGGGAGUCCAGUAAAUACACAACUGGAUGAUGACCAAGAAAAUGGUGCAUUGCAAGAAGACGAUGUUGAAAGCAGUGAGAAUAAGAAUGAAUCAGAUCAAACGCCACUAACAACCUCUUACAAGAGCUCUGGGAAUGAGAGUAAUACUAUGAAAUCUCAAGAAAAUACAAGCUCAGGAACUCCACCGUCUGUUCAGAGAGCUCCGCUUACUAAAAGGGUUUCACAAGACCCAGAUCCCGUUUGGGUGCUGAGCUUAUUAAACAAGCUAGAAAAGCAGUUCAUGUUACAUUACGCAGAUGCCAUGGCGGAGUUCAAAGUGAGGUGGGAUUUGGAUGACAAUGAGAUGCUCGACAAGAUGAUAACUGAGCUGAAAGAGGAAGUACACAAAAGGAUCCAAUCGAGUAUUAACCGAGAACUGAAAAAAAUCCAAAGCCGGGCUGGCAGGGGUCCGAGACCUCCGGGAAAUACUCCAUCGAGAGAGUCUACGGUCCAGACUGAGCAGCGACGCAAGCGUCUUCGGGUCAUGCGCAAUAAGUCCAUCUUGUCAAGGAGUGACGAAAAUUACACUGUGUCAGGAACCGAAUACAGCGAUCAGCGCAGUGACGAUGAGUACUGCCCAUGUGAUGCAUGCAUGAAAAAGAAGAUGACGUCCAGAACGGACCAACGAGCCCAGGCUUUGAGUUUGGCUCCAGUUAUGAUGGAAUUUGAUCUGCGGAAAAUUUUGCAAAUGAAAAAGGAUCCAGCCCAACCUACAGAACCAAAAAUGAAAGAACAACACUCUACCAACUUCACUUGUGCAGUUGAGAAAGAAGAGAACAACUUAGAAGUGGUUCAUGAAGAGGUAGAGGAAGCGAAUGAAAAUACUAAAGACCAUAAAUUUGAGUCGGCAGAUCAAGAGCCAGACGGUGUUGUCAAUACAGUAGAUGAAGGCAAAAAUGCAGAAAACAUCAAAGAUGUAGACUUUGUAAACUCUGAGACAAGAGAUCCAAAUGAAGAGGAAGCAAAUGACAAAAGAGAUUCUGGUGAAGAACAGGUGGAAAAUGAAGAAGGUGAGGAUGUAAAAGAAGAAAUGGUGGCAAAUAGUAAGACAGAUGCUGAGGAGGAAGAGGAAGUAGAGAUUGUUGAGGAUGAGACUGAAAAAGAUACAGAAGAGGACUGCGAGAAGAAAGACAGUCCCAAGGGAGAUGCAGCAAAUGCAGAAAAUAGUGAUACGGCUGUGGAGGCGGAAAAAGAGGAUGAGAUGACAGAAACUGGUGAGGAAAUCGAAUCGGAUGACAGGGAAGCAGAAACUGAGACUGGGAAAGAGAGUACAGAAGACAAGUCUGCAGAAGAUGGAGGUGAAUCUAAUUCAAAUAAAGACAAUACACCUAUUGAAGGUGAAACGUCAGAUGAAACUCCAAAUGACGAGUCCACCAGUGAGAAGAAUGCUGAUGGGAACCAGGAUGGAUCUGCAAAGAAUGAUGCCAAUGAAGGUGGGACAUCAGACACAGGACAGGACGAGGACCGGCCUGAAGAAAACUCCAAGGAGGUCAUGAAAUAUCAUGAAAUGAACAAAUGUAGCUCUGUUGAGGAAGAUUUUGAGAAAGAAAAAUCUGAUGAAGCUGCUGUUGACAACUGGGAGAGCACAAUACAGGUAGCGAUACAGGUUACGAGAACGUCGGUGGAGUCUCAACCAGGAUCCGUGGAGAACUGCAUGAAUCAGACAGCUAAACUGAAAGAUCUUCAGAGUUUCAUGGAGAGUGUUGAAAGUCAAGGAGAUAGCAUGGUUGUAAUUACUAAACAACCAGUGUACAAAGAGCCACAUGGAAACAAAAAGGACAUGUGCAAUGGCUUGACUGAAUGGCAGGUGUCUCCUAAAAUAAACAACAGGGCCAGUAAACAAAAGAAAGGACAAUGAUGUUAUGGUGAACAAUGAAGAAUUGUAAUCAUUUGAUAUUCCCACAUAUAAAGCACUUUAUUACUAAUGUUACUUUAGAUGGGACUUGGUUAAUGAUGAUGUGAGAUGAUUAAUCUCACUUCAAAGACAUCUAAAGAGCUAAAUAGAAACUUUUAAGAUAUUUCAAAACUGUAUAUUGUACGAUUCUGUAUAUUUCCAUGUAGUCAAGGUAUUAUUUUAUUGAGUCUGUUAAAGGGGUCCUAUUAUGCUUUUUCACUUUUUCAACUU